UCUCAACCUAAACCCUAGACGCACUUCCUCUUCCUCAGAUCCAGCUGCACUUCCUCUUCCUCAGAUCCAGCUGCACCGCACUUCCUCUUCCUCUUCCUCAGAUCCAACCGCACUUCCUCUCCCUUAGUUCCUCUCUCUCACUCUCUGUCUGUCGCACUCCGUAGUUCCGCCUUCCGCGGUCGGCACUUCGCCGCCGACUCGAACCUCAUCAUCGUCUUCGUGGAAAAAUGUAUCUUGACAGUUUAAGCAAGGAGUUGAGGUUCUGUGCUGUGAAGAAGCUUGGAAUGUUGGGCUUGUUCACCCGUGGGCUGCCUCUCCGAAUUGUCAUGAUUGGUACUUUGAUGGGAGCGCAAUGGGGAAUUUAUGAUGCUUUCAAAGUCUUUGUUGGCCUGUAUGUACCCAUUAUGAAGCAAGGAGUGAAGAAGUGGCGAGAGAAGUUCAGGAAAUCAGCAGAAAUUAGCCAGACAGACUGGUGGUCAAUCGCGAGUCAGGCAAACAUGCACAGGAGAGCAUGA